AUGAGGGGGGCCCCUCAGGGGGCCCCCAUGCACGCCGCUAUGGAGGGGGCCCCUGGGGGUGCCCCUAUGGGGGCCCCUAUGGGGGCCCCCAUGGGGGCCCCUCACGGCGGGGGCCCCCUUGAGGGGGGCCCCCUAGAGGGGGCCCCUGUUGAUGGGGGCUUUGAUGGGGCCUAUGAGGACGUCUCUGAGGGGGCCCCCCUGGAGGGGGCCCCCGUUGAGGGGGCCCCCAUAGGGGGGGCCCCCGCAGCAGGGAGAGUGAUGAAGACAGCUGCUGCAGCAACUGCAGCAGGUGCAGCAGCAGCUGCAGCAGCUGCAGCAGCUGCAGCAGCAGAAAUGCAUCUGAAGAAGAACGAAGCCCCAGGGUCGACGCAGAGGGCGCACGCCUCACCCCGGUGCUGCAGCAGCAAGACAUAG